CGAAAAGCCUGACCCCUCAGUGCCUUUGAGCCCCCUCGAUACCCCUCCCCAGGCGCCGACAACAUCGACCUGGCAUCCGCACCAGGCGCGCUCGUCGUCGUCUACAGAGAACACCGGUCAAACAGGGAGCUAUCCCGAUGGCGAUUUCCGCAAUGAGUCGGCUGCCACCAUCAAGGAUAUCAAGUGCGAGGUCAUGGUGAACUGGCUGCACUCGAAGCAAGAAGAGCGAAUCUGGACGACGGGGCACCCGGGCGAGGGUGUAGUGCUGAAGCAGACGAAGGGGCGAUAUGUAUGCUGUCCUUCUGAGCUGCAGGAUGAUGAUUCGCAAUUCUACCAAUCCGUUUCGAGCUUAAAUGUUAGGAUUACGAGUGGUCUCCGGUUACAAGUUGUACCCUCGCUCCGAGAACUGCCAUACUGCCAGAAGCACCAGUCGGCAGCUUUCAUCCAGGAGGAGCAACUUUUGGUCGUAUGGGAAGACGACCCGAAGAGACUGCUGGAGCGAGCCACCUUCAUUGAAUCGAUGUUGAUGCAAAGAGUGUGGGGGCAAGAUCCCGCAGUCCCUGGCUCCAACGACCAAAAGGGGGCAUUCGCCACCGUCACGCGUGCAGGUGAGGACGAUACAGAGGUCGCGGCGGAGAAACCUAGAAGGCUCGUUUUGAACCAAUCCGUCCUGACGGCGGCGACAUUGACUCUUGUGUUGUCGGCGAUCGGUAGCGGAUGGAGGAACAUCGCUAUAGAACUGCUCGUCGACAGGAACUGGAUCCGGAUGGGAUUCCUAGCUUGCCUGUUUCCCCAGAUAUGGCUCGCUUUGUUCUUCUUCCAAGCGCUCGUGGGAAACUUUGCGCAGCUACUCGGUCCCAUCGGCCAGGUCCGCGAGAACACGAAGUACUACUCUGGCCAGCCGCCUCGACGUCUUCAGCGCGACGCUGGGACGGGCCUUCCGCAUGUAACCAUCCAGAUGCCAGUGUAUAAGGAGGGCCUCCACGCGGUCAUCGAGCCCACGAUCCGCUCCGUCAAAGCGGCCAUCUCGACGUACGAGCUCCAGGGCGGGACGGCCAACAUCUUUGUCAACGACGACGGGAUGCAGCUCAUACCGUCCGCCCAGGCCCGAGCCCGACAAGACUUCUACGACGAACACAAUAUUGGAUGGGUGGCAAGACCGAAGCACAAUCCGAAGCCCGCAGAGGGCGAGCGCAAGUUCGUGCGUGCAGGCAAGUUCAAGAAGGCGUCGAACAUGAACUACGCACUCGGUGCCAGCAUCGAGGUGGAGGCCAAAAUGGCAGAUGCCCACCGCACGGAUGACUGGAACCAGAGAAACGAGAAUGAACUGUACAGUGCGGUGCUGUCUGAAGUCAUCCAGGCGCGCGAGGGCGAGAUGUGGGCUGAUGGCAACAUCCGCGUUGGAGACUACAUCCUCCUAAUCGACUCGGAUACUCGAGUGCCCACAGACUGCCUGCUCGAUGCGGUCAGUGAGAUGGAGCAGUCCCCGCAGGUUGCUAUAAUCCAGUACGCCUCCGGCGUCAUGAACGUCACUGAGAGCUUCUUCGAGAAAGGCAUCACCUUCUUCACCAACCUCAUCUACACACAGAUCCAGUACGCCGUUGCAAACGGCGAUGUCGCACCAUUUGUAGGCCACAACGCCGUGGUCCGCUGGUCCGCCAUGCAAGACAUCGCAUACGACUGCCCUAUCGACAAGCGCGAGAAAUUCUGGUCCGAGAAGACCGUCUCCGAAGACUUCGACAUGUCCCUCCGCCUCCAAACCAACGGCUACGUCGUGCGCUUCGGCGCCUACAAAGACAAAGGCUUCAAAGAAGGCGUGUCCCUAACCGUCUACGACGAGCUCGCGCGCUGGGAGAAAUACGCCUACGGCUGCAACGAACUCAUCUUCCACCCACUCCGACACUGGCUCUCCAAGGGCCCCUUCACCAACCUCUUCCGCCGCUUCAUCUUCUCGUCCAUGCCGCUGCCUUCCAAGGUCACCAUCCUCGCCUACAUCGGCACGUACUACGCGCUCGGGUCCGCGUGGAUCCUCACCCUCAUGAACUACUUCCUCGUCGGCUGGUACAACGGCAUGGUCGACCAGUACUACAUCGACUCGUUCAAAGUGUACUUCUCCAUCGUCGUCGUCUUCACCGCCAUGGGCAACGUCUCCCUCGCCGUCCUGCGCUACCGCAUCGGCGAGAAAAGCCUCAUCGCGUCCCUCUGGGAAAACCUCACUUGGGUCCCGCUCCUUGUCUUCUUCCUCGGCGGCGUGAGCAUCCACGUGUCCCAGGCGCUCGUCUGCCACAUGUUUAGCAUCGAGAUGUCGUGGGGCGCUACGGCGAAGGAGGUCGAUAACGUAACGUUCUUUGAGGAGAUUCCGAGGGUGAUUAAGAAGUUUAAGUGGACGUUUCUGUUCUGUAUUGCGUGCGCCGCGAUGAUGGUGGUUCUGGCGACCGUGGUGCAUCCGCUUUGGAGGAUCACGUCGUUUACGCCGAUUUGGUCGCUGUCGUGCGUCGUGGUUAUGCAUUUCCUGGUCCCGAUCGUGCUGAAUCCGAAUUUGAUGCUGUUUACUUGGUAGGUUUGUGC